GCCUCCGUUGCAGCUGUGUCUGGACCUCAUGGGGGUGGGGGAUUGGAACUGUCCGGGAAACUAGCCCGGGGCCGAGGCCCAUGUGGGGCCGAGAGGCUGGCCAGCAGCGAAGGAGAAAGGCCCAGGGACCCAAUGGGGAGAGUGGGCCAGAAGAGGGGAUCGGCGCCACUUCCCAGUCCACAGGAAGCGGGGUUUGGAGUGACGCAUCCCACUACCCAGGAGAGGGCCACGCGGGUCUAAGUGCCCAGUGAUGAAGCGGCUGCUGAUCACGCUAGCCCUGUGUUUGGGCGCGUUGGACCCGGGCCGGGCCGAGCUCUCCGCCUCACAGCGUCAGGGCCUGCAGGUGGCCCUGGCCGAGUUCCACCAGCAUCCUCCCGUACACUGGGCCUUCAGGGAAACCAGCGUGGACAGGGCGACCGAUAAGCCAUUGCCAGCAGGGAUCUUUGUGAGGCUGGAAUUUAAGCUGCAGCAGACAAACUGUCGGAAGGAGGACUGGAAGAAGCCCGAGUGCAAAAUCAAACCCAACGGGCGGAAGCGAACAUGCCUGGCCUGCAUCAAACUGGGCUCUGAGGACAGAGUUCUGGGCCGGUUGGUCCACUGCCCCAUCCAGACACAGGCUCCUCAGGAGCCUGAGGGACACCGGGAGGCCCAGUGCUCCCGGGUGGAGCGGGCCGGUGAGGACCCCCACGGCUACUACUUCCCAGGACAGUUCGCCUUCUUCAAGGCCCUACCCCCUGACUGAGCCCUGGAUCGAAUUCAGCCCCACUCCCUGGAUAACUGCAGGAGGUCAUCAGCACCACCUCUAACCCUGCUCCAGACAAUAAAGCUGGCCUCCUUGAGCUGUGCCCCUACACUCCUUGCCCUCUCU